AACUGCUGUGUGGGUGUGAGGGUUGCUUGCGGUUCAACGUCCGGCCUGGCUGCAUUGGUGAUUUCGGAGCGGUUUGUCGUGUGGGCUGAUACUGUGUGCUGCACAUUAACCAUGCCUUAUCUUAUGAUUUCUACUCUGAUCAGACUGGAGUCUGGUCCCACCAUUGUCGGAGAUGAAAACGCGGACCCGGAGUUGAUGGCUUUUCUCGGAGCCGAGAAGAAAAACGAGGUUGGCAACGAUUUUCAGGUGUACCAGUGCGCCGACUGUCCGCGGGUGGUGCUCGACAAGCUCGAGCUCAAGGGCUGGAAGGUGGUGGCCGUGACGGGCGCCUCCCAGACGAUCAUCUGGACGCUGCACAGCGCCCAGUAGUCGGCCGUCGCUGCGUCGAG